AUGCGUGUGGCUCAAGCGGGGCUCUGCGCGACUCGAAAUGUAGACGGGAGGCCUGAACGGAACCUUAAACUCGUCCAGCACCGGGCCGUCUUUGUCCAGCUCUUAGAGCGAUCCCAGGGAGGAAAGAUUCCUUAUGGAAAUUCCGGUCGCAAAAAAACGCGCACCGCAGAAGAAAUCAAAGCCGCCGUGCAGGCGGUGCCCCAUCAUGCACGCCAAACAACACGAACUUUGGCAGCCAACUCCGAAAUCCCCAAGACGACGCUACUCACCCACAUGAAGCAACACGGUACACUGAAGGCUCGGUAA